GGAAAUGGGGGGACGGCCAUUGAAGCGGAAUUGAAAAGGACGGUCAAAUCCAACAGAGGACGUCCCUCUGGGGUUACCCCUCGCUUUGUUCUCUCGCUCUCUCAGCCCCAACCCCGACGCCUUCUCCACCCGCUCCACCUUCCCCCGCCGACCAUCCUCUAUCUUCCCCAAUUCUUCCUAUUCGACUCGGGCGGACACCCAAUCCGUGUCACAGAGAGAGAGAGAGUAGGCGGGGUAGGGUACUUGUGCGGGUUUUGAGGGAGGGAGAAAGGGAGGUGGGGAUUUCAUGUGGAACAGCAGCGACAUUGACGGUUUCAUCGCCCAAUUGAACCUGAGAUGCCGCCAAGGCCAGAGACUCCGAUCGAUCCGCGGGUUUCUCUAAGGGUAGAAGGAGGAGGACCACUGGAGGGGAAGGGUAGCCUGCUGCUUGUGCUUGAGCUUUGGUGUUAGAACGAGUGGUGGUUUCGAGGUGGUGAUGGGCGGCAAAAAAGUGUCCGUCCGCCCAAGCCCUUGUAGCGGCCGUCGGAUCCUCGCCCAGAAGAGGCCCCACUCUGACGGCGUUGUCAACAGCGUCAAGAAGCUGCAGCGCCGGGAGAUCUCCUCCAAGGGCAGUCGGCUCUUCAGCAAGAGCAACGCUCAAGAGCGGUUUAGGAACAUACAGUUACAGGAAGAAUUUGAUACUUAUGAUCCCAAGGUCGAUUGGUUCUUGCAACUUCACUUCCUGAAGAAAAGAUCUAGAAUAAUUGAAAUUGUUGCAGCACAUGACAUUGUUUUCGCUCUUACACAGUCUGGUAUAUGUGCGGCAUUUAGCAGAGAGACUAACAAGAGAAUAUGCUACUUGAAUGUGAGCCCUGAUGAAGUCAUCAGAAGCUUAUUUUACAACAAGAACAACGAGUCCCUUAUUACGGUUUCGGUUUAUGCAUCUGAUAACUUCAGCUCUCUGAAGUGUAGAACAACUAGAAUUGAGUAUAUCCAGCGUGGCAAACCUAGUGCCGGUUUCCCACUUUUUGAGUCUGAGUCCUUGAGGUGGCCAGGAUUUGUUGAAUUUGAUGACGUAAAUGGAAAAGUUCUUACUUAUUCUGCACAGAACAGCAUAUACAAGGUGUUUGACCUCAAAAACUACAAGCUGUUGUACUCAAUAUCAGAUGAGCAUGUUCAAGAAAUUAAAAUCAGCCCAGGUAUCAUGCUACUAAUUUUUACUAGGGCAAGCAGUCAUGUUCCUCUCAAGAUCCUGUCGAUUGAGGAUGGUACAGUCCUUAAGUCUUUCAAUCACCUCCUGCACAGAAAUAAGAAGGUAGACUUCAUUGAGCAGUUCAAUGAAAAGCUUCUUGUCAAACAAGAAAAUGAGAACCUUCAGAUACUGGAUGUGAGAAAUGCACAGUUAACUGAAGUCAGCAGCACAGAGUUCAUGACACCAUCAGCAUUCAUCUUUUUAUAUGAAAAUCAAUUGUUCUUGACAUUUCGUAACCGGACAGUGGCUGUCUGGAAUUUCAGAGGGGAGCUGGUUACUUCAUUUGAUGAUCACCUUUUAUGGCAUCCAAACUGCAACACAAACAACAUUUAUAUUACUAGUGACCAAGACCUUAUAAUUUCUUACUGCAAGGCUGAUCCUGAUGAUUCCUCAGUGGAGGGAACUGCUGGUUCCAUUAAUAUUAGCAAUAUCUUGACUGGAAAAUGUCUGGCAAAGAUUCGAGCAUGUGAUCCGAAUGUUAAUAUUAGUCCUAGAAAUCGGGCAAAUGCUUCCAAGAUCUGGAGCAGCGUUGCAGAAGCAUUGGAAGACAUAACAGCAUUGUUUUAUGAUGAAGAAAGGAACGAAAUCUACACUGGUAAUAGGCUUGGACUGGUUCAUGUGUGGUCAAACUAGGAUGCUGAUUGGUUCCAAGAAAGCAGCUGAAAUGUACACCGGAGUGCUCGCUGGGUUGGUGUAUGCGCUUGUAUCAUUAUAUUGUCCUGAAUUAUUCUUGGUUGUACCAUUGGUCCAACAUCUCCUUUAUGAUGGCCUUGUAUCAUUCAUUGUUGUAUAACUGUGCACAUUUAACCUCCCACUAAUUGUCUAUUCGAAGGAGAAUUCAGCUGGCUUAGCAUGGCAAUUUCGUGUUUA